UCUCCCGUACCCCCCACCCGCACCAACCUCGCGGAAACCCUAGGCGAGCGGCAGCCUCCUCCGAUCCCCUCUCCCCGAUCUCUAUAAAACACCGCGGAUUUCGAAUUCUGUCUUCCCCGCGGGAAUCACACCGGCGCCUCCUCCCUCGGCGCGCCCGGACCGGGCUCCUCCCGCGGGGCCGGGGCUGGUACCAGGGGCGGCGGCGGGGGGCGGUGGAUGGCGGAGGCGGCUCUGGAGGGGAGCGAGCCGGUGGAUCUGACCAAGCACCCCUCCGGCAUCAUCCCCACGCUCCAGAAUAUUGUGUCGACGGUCAACCUGGACUGUAAAUUGGACCUGAAAGCAAUAGCUCUCCAGGCACGAAAUGCAGAGUAUAACCCCAAGCGUUUUGCUGCAGUUAUCAUGCGGAUAAGAGAACCAAAAACUACCGCAUUGAUAUUUGCUUCAGGAAAAAUGGUUUGCACUGGAGCAAAAAGUGAACAGCAAUCUAAACUUGCAGCUAGAAAGUAUGCUCGUAUAAUCCAGAAGCUUGGCUUUCCUGCAAAAUUCAAGGACUUCAAGAUCCAGAAUAUUGUUGCCUCUUGUGAUGUCAAAUUCCCUAUCAGGCUUGAGGGCCUCGCAUAUUCCCAUGGCGCUUUCUCAAGUUAUGAGCCAGAGCUAUUUCCUGGUCUGAUUUACCGGAUGAGGCAGCCAAAGAUUGUCCUCCUAAUUUUUGUUUCUGGCAAGAUUGUUCUGACUGGAGCAAAGGUGAGAGAAGAGACAUACACUGCCUUCGAGAACAUAUAUCCUGUCCUGACGGAGUUCAGAAAAGUGCAGCAAUGAUGGUAUAAUUCCUGAGAGUGCAUGUUUAAUGGACAUUGCUAUGUUGGGAAUAGGAUAGGAAAUGCCAUGUUCCAUUGACAAGUUGGGCCACUAAAGGUGGAUUUGUCCCUUUUGCUGCUCAGUGCCUCUGGUGCUUGUUCUAUUUUUGUUUGCGGUGUUUCCUGGACUGCGAUGAGUGGCUACUUUCAGAAACUAGUAGUGCGGACGCCGUCUCUUCUGUGUGCAGGUGACUUUUUAAGUACGCAGAAUUGGAGAUAUUGUUGCUUGCUGCCAGCUCCAACCUCACAAAGUCUAGGCAUAGCCUGUCUUCCGGUGGAACCUAUAUAUAUAUUACUGUCCAUCAGAUUUAAAGUACCUGUUGUCGUAAUCGACUAGGGUCUUCUUUUUGUGAUGGAUCAUGGUUGAUCAUCGCAGGGCCUAUUCUGUCAUCGUUCCUCACUCAAAACCCUCUUGUGGAAGUUGAGUAAAACCCAAGCAAAUUUUGCUCC